GGGAGGACAGGUCGCAGCUUGGCUAUGGAAGGCUCCAAUGGCUUUGGGAUCGACUCCAUUCUCUCCCACCGCGCGGCCAGCCCCGCCCUUCCCAAGGGGGACCCCUUGCUUGGGGACUGCCGCUCGCCCCUGGAGCUGAGUCCGCGCUCGGAGAGCAGCAGCGACUGCUCUUCACCAGCCUCGCCGGGAAGGGACUGUCUGGAGACGGGCACCCCGCGGCCCGGUGGGGCAUCAGGCCCAGGUUUGGACUCUCACCUGCAGCCCGGGCAGCUCUCGGUCCCAGCCCAGUCACGCACCGUGACCUCCUCCUUUCUGAUCAGGGACAUCCUUGCCGACUGCAAACCACUAGCGGCCUGUGCACCCUACUCUAGCAGCGGGCAGCCGGCCGCCCCUGAGCCUGGGGGCCGUCUUGUGGCCAAGGCUGGGGAGGACUUUAGAGACAAGCUGGACAAAAGUGGCAGCAACGCCUCAUCGGACUCUGAGUAUAAAGUGAAGGAGGAGGGCGACCGCGAGAUCUCCAGCUCCCGGGACAGCCCCCCCGUGCGCCUGAAGAAGCCGCGCAAGGCCCGCACGGCCUUCACGGACCACCAGCUGGCGCAGCUGGAGCGCAGCUUCGAGCGGCAGAAGUACCUGAGCGUGCAGGACCGCAUGGAGCUGGCCGCCUCGCUCAACCUCACCGACACGCAGGUCAAGACCUGGUACCAGAACCGCAGGACUAAAUGGAAGCGACAGACGGCAGUCGGCUUGGAGCUGCUGGCGGAGGCAGGCAAUUACUCGGCGCUCCAGCGGAUGUUCCCGUCGCCUUAUUUCUACCCGCAGAGUCUAGUCUCCAACCUGGACCCCGGCGCCGCUCUGUAUCUGUACCGCGGGCCCAGCGCGCCGCCGCCCGCCCUGCAGAGACCUCUGGUGCCCCGCAUCCUCAUCCACGGACUCCAGGGCGCCAGCGAGCCGCCCCCGCCGCUGCCCCCGCUGGCCGGCGUCCUCCCGCGCGCCGCGCAGCCUCGGUGAAGCGCCCGCCCGCCUCCCCGGGGCUCUGCGCGGGCCCCUUCCGCCUGCCGCUCCGAGGGCGCGGGGUCUCAACGCCCCUUCCCCGGGGCCCCCUGGCCGGCCCUCCCUGGAGUUCCCCCGCAGGGCCAGAUGCUAAGUCUACAGGGGCCCGGACCCGGACCGAGUCCACCUAACCCUCCUCGCGUGCUCUGUCCCGGCCGCGCCGUCAGGGAGCCACUUCCACCCGCCGGAUGUACAUACAGGACCCCACCCCUGGCCGGCUCCCCAAGGCGUCCCCCCGCCCGCCCCGCCCCUCCGUGGGAGCAGGUGGGGCCGACCCGACGCGGCACUCUCUCCCGCUUCCCCCUCCAUGCCCCAGCUGUACGCCCAGCCCUCUCCCCGCACCCCUACAGGUGCAGGGGAGUGUGGAGCCCUCCUCCCAGCGCCCGGGCCACGGCAGACCUGUACAUACGGUGUGCAAAGUGUAUAUGAAGUUAUUUAUUCGUGACCCAUGAGCCCGUGACCGUGUCCGUGAAUCAGUGAGUCUGUGGCCUGUGCCCUCUUCCCUCCCAGGCGAGGCAGGAAGGGGUCAAGGGGGCUUGCCCACCACCCCGACCCCCAGCCCCCACUUCCAGCCUCCCUCCGGGGGCAGGCAGGCCCUCGGGUUCUCUCUCUCUUUUUUAAAUGUCGAAAUAAACUUCUUACAAAUGACCAUGCGCCUGUCCGCGCUCAGCCCUUCUUUCCCGCCCCUCUGUAAGAUCCACUCUCCCAUCCUGGGACCCGGCCUCCUUCCUCAAUAAGGACUCUUUUUUUCUUUUUUGUCCACCUCAAUUCCUUGGCGCUGUGGUAGGGGCUGGGGCCUCCCCCUACCCCACCCUGAGCCUCAUUCUUCCUGUCUCCACAGUGAGGCGAGCCCGCUGCUCCCCGCGCCCCCUCCCCUCCUCUCCAUCUGGUUCCUAUGCUCGCUCCCAGCCGGUCCCGGGGGCCGGCGCGGGGGUCGGAGUCUGGGCUCGCUGGGCUGCGGACCGGGCUGCGGUGCCCUCGCUGAGCCGGCUCAUCUGGCCGCAACAAGGGCGCCGGCAGCUGGUGACCGGCCCGCUGGGCGCAGGGCCGACAGAUGGGCU